AUGACGCACACAAACAUCUGGAAAGGUGCAGUGAAUACCAUCACCAUGCUUGCUGGGAGAGGUGUAGUGAACACCAUCACCAUGCUUGCUGGGAUGAGGGUGAUCGUGAAGACAAGAACAGAGUACCAGCCGGAACAGAGGAGCAAAGGGAAGUUCCGAGUGCCGAAGAUUGCUGAAUUUACGGUCACCAUUCUUGUCAGCCUGGCCCUUGCUUUCCUUGCCUGCAUUGUGUUCCUGGUGGUUUACAAAGCCUUCACCUAUGACCACAGCUGUCCUGAAGGAUUUGUCUAUAAGCACAAGCGCUGUAUCCCGGCCUCACUGGAUGCUUACUAUUCAUCCCAGGACCCCAGCUCCAGGAGCCGCUUCUACACAGUCAUCAGCCACUACAGUGUGGCCAAGCAGAGCACUGCACGGGCCAUCGGGCCGUGGCUGUCGGCAGCUGCCGUCAUCCAUGAGCCCAAGCCACCCAAGACCCAGGGCCAUUAG